AUGAGAUUUUCAAUGGCGUGUAAAGUGUUGCACUAUACAUUAGUGGCCAGCCUAAAAGAAAUCCUCCUCAUGCUAGGACUACUUUUUCUCGGAGCAAUUACCUUUGCAUCACUUGUGUACUUUGGGGAACUCAUUUCUGGCUCGGAUGAAAUUUUGAUAACAAGCAUUCCGAUUGGAAUAUGGUACGCACUCGUUACCAUGACAACUGUUGGAUAUGGCGAUUUCUACCCAAAGAGUAUUGGAGGAUAUAUCGUAGGAAGUGGUUGCGUCAUUUGUGGUGUACUCGUUAUCGCCUUUACUGUACCUGUAAUCGUCAACAACUUUAUGAUGUUUUAUGCGCACGCAUCAUCGUUGGACAACAAAUCUGCACAAAUAAACGAUGGACAUUCUGGGAAUCGAAUCAGGGAUACCGAUGAUGAAGAAUCGAUGGAUAAAUUAGAUUGAAAUUAUAUUUUUUUUUUAUAAUUAUACCCAUUUUUCACUGUUCAAUGUUUAGCCUUUUAAAUUGUUAAUAUGCUUUACAUAAUCAAAAAGUGCUUUUGGGGGUUCACCUGUACUGUAUUGUAUUUUGCUUAGAGGCAGCAUCUUUUCCAUUCAAUCGAGGUUGAGCCAUGUUCAGUUCAGUUCAGUUCAGUUCAGUGUCUUUAUUUCCUCCACAUAGGUGAAGAUUUAAACAUUACAUAUAAUUACAGACAAUUCACAUUAACAGAUUAUUUACAUUUGUAUACAUUAUUACAUAUAGAUUUACAUUUAGAGUUUUUACAUUUCUGUUUGUUUGAUAACUGUUUUAACCAUUAGAUCAAUGUAAUAUGCACUAUUCAAUAGGAACUGUUCAAUUGUACCAUCUUGGCAAUUUUGAAGUACAUCAGUCGUGCUUCCUAGUAACGUUUCUACUAUGAUAUCUUCAGUAGUGUUCAAUAAUUGAACUGAUAAAUCAAUAGGUAGUAUAUUAACAAUACCAUCUAAGAGUUUCUCUCUCAAAUAAAUAACCCGGACAUGCUGGCAGUGAAGAACAAGGUGACUGACCAUAUCAAUUGUUAGCUUUUUACAUGCAAGGCAUUUCGUUUCUUUUUCGGUAAAAAGUAAA